AUGUGCGGUUAUCUCUUCAAGUCGCCUCCGAUGCGGGAACUAAAAAAGAAGGAACUAUUCUUCCACGGUCUAGCAUGCACGGGAGGAACAUCGAAGUUUUUUAAGAAGGGACAGCUUCUCGUGAAGGGGGAUGGUCAGAGAAACUUACAACACAAACGCCAUUGGGGCCGGUUCUUUGUUAUAUCAGAAAGUGUGUCCGACCAAGCGUGCUCACCGUUCUUCGGACCCCAGCCAGGCAGUCGGGAUGCACCAACCGACACCAGCUUUGAAAGAUGGCGUGAACGAUAUUGUGUCCUCUAUAAAGUUCGCUCACGAGAUAAAACGGAGAUAUUUUUCGAAUAUUAUAAGGACUCGCAUUGCACUAAGCUCAAAGGUCAGGUCGACUUGAAGAACUGCGAUUGCAUCAUCGAUGAUGACAAUUCAGACGAAAAAUGGCCCAAUGUAUUUUCCGUGCAAACGGUUCACAAUGGACAAAAACGAGUUUAUUACUUCUCCGCUCCGAGUGCGCAAAAUAUGUCCGAUUGGGUUCGAUAUUUGGUUGAUGUGACCGGGUUCGUCGUCACAGUGCAGCCAGGUAGGUGUUUCAUUACCUGUGAGCCAAUUCUCACUGGAUCAAGCCAAGCCGCGCCAUCUUUGAAUUACAUCGAGCCAUGCAACUUGGAUUUGGGUGCACUUCCUUCCAAUGCUCAUUCACGUUCUUCCGUUUCCACCGGUAGAUUAACUACCGAUAUUCCACUCUACAAACAACCUGUCGACACUAGAGUACCCUGUAAUGGUUCGGAUACAUGUCCUAACCGAGUCCCUGCCGUUGAUGAUUAUAAAAUAGAAUACCGAGAGAUUGACCCAAUCGGCACAAGUGCUUUGGCUGUCGUAGCUAAGCGAUAUUUGGACGCCGAUUUGACCGCAUAAUUUUUGAUGUUCGCCGAACUGACUACUCUUGACCCAUUCCGUUACCAUAUGUGCAUCGCUUCUCCGUUCUCACCUUUCAGUCAGCUCUAUGCCUUCGCUCUUUCUCAUCCACACACACUUUCUAAUCUACACAUUUAUUUCGUCGGUGACUGGUAGCUUACAAGUCUUCUCAUCAAUUUACUUGGCCUAUUCCUGUGCAUAAAUCAUUCUGUUUGCGCAAUCGCAUCAUACCCACUUUUGCGUCUACACACCCCACCUACUUGUUCCGCUUCCAGUACUCGUUAACAGUGCAACAUUUUUUCUAAUACCCAUGCUUUUCUUUCCAGCUUUCACGUAACUUGUCAUGACGCAACCCCUAAUACCCGCCUAAUUUUUCCUCAAAUGAUAUUACUGGUUGUUCAUAUGAUUUGAACGGUGCCAUUAAUCUGGACUCUUUUCCGUUUUCACACUGCUCAACUUUUUCAAUGUACUGUUUUAUUUGUAGUUAUCUUAUCCCGGUGUUGUUUUUACGCUCGUUUAAACAAGCACAGUUUUCGCCAAUUUUGCAUGAGAUUUCACCGAUUCUUGAAACCUGGAUAUAUAUGAACCUUUUGCUUUCUUGAAUCCCGAUGAGUCGCGCUGUACCAGGUAUCUUCACUAACCGAGGUGAUCGACCCUCUCUGCCUAUUGUGCUUCUCUCGUUAUUUAAUUUCAUAAUCUCGCACAAUACGAGCUUCGCAAUAAGGCUUCACUUCUGAUUGUAUACCACACACGUAUGAUGAACCGCAUCCUGAAUAAAUCAGUCGGGUAUUUGAC